GCUGACCCUAACGGAAAUACAGUAUAUUCAUUUAACCCAGAGCUGUCGCCAGAACAAAAGAAGGCUCAGGCCGAAGAAAGUGCAAAAAACAAAAAUUUACCUAACACAAAGUUAAGCACACCAAAGGCAGCCGAAUUGAAAACAGAUCUCGACACAACAGAUACACAACAAGUGAAAACAGUAUUAAAAAGCGCUUCAGUAAAGCCAACUAUAAAAUCCACGCCUGAUGAUAAAGCAUUGGACACGACGCCUGGAAGUUUUACAAAUAAAUCACAAAACGGAAUACCUGAAUGGUACAGCGUAGGGUGGACGGCAUUUUCGACUUUACCGAAUCCAGGCGAUGAGAAAGCAAUCAAAGAACUGUCGCAAAAAUUAGGACCAGAUACAAUUAUUAGUGACAAAUACUAUGGAAAGUGGUUCCACAAUGGAGCUGCCCUGGGGGCAGCAGUAGUCUCUACAUGGCUAUUGACAAUGUUUGGAUUUGGGUUACUGUCUUGUCUUAUAGUGGGUGCAUUUUUAGCCACUUAUUAUCAAACCUCGAUUCGCCGCACCAGGCGUGCUGUUAGAGAUGAUAUCGAGCGCGAGAUGAUGUUGACCCAUCUUGAUACUGAUGCAGAGUCAGUCGAUUGGAUGAACUUGUUCCUUGCUCGAUUCUGGUUAAUCUACGAGCCCAUCUUGUCUGCACAGAUCAUUGGCACUGCAGAUACCAUUUUGGCCCAAAACACUCCGUCCUACCUUGACUCUAUUCGUCUGAGUUCAUUCACCCUAGGAACCAAAGCUCCCCGCAUUGAGAGCAUCAAGACUUACCCCAAAACAGAACCAAAUGUUGUCUGCAUGGACUGGAAACUAUCCUUCACGCCAAAUGAUAUAUUGGACUUGAGUGCUCGCGAUCUCCAAUCCAAAGUCAACCCAAAAAUUGUUCUUACCAUCAGAGUUGGUAAAGGGAUGGUUGGAGCGGGUAUACCUAUCCUCCUGGAAGAUGUAGCCUUUAGUGCUCUCUUGCGCGUCAAGAUCAAGAUGUUUAACGAGUUUCCUCAUGUAAAGACGGUCGAAGCCUCAUUUUUGGAAAAACCAUACUUUGACUAUGUACUAAAGCCAGUGGGUGGCGAGACAUUUGGGUUUGAUAUUAACAAUAUUCCUGGUCUAGAAUCAUUUGUAAAAGAUCAAGUUCACUCUACUCUCGGUCCCAUGAUGUACUCUCCAAAUGUAUACACUUUGGAUGUAGCAGGAAUGAUGGCAGGCACAUCAGACAAGGAUUCUGCUAAUGGAGUACUUGCUCUCACAAUAUACUCUGCUAGUCAACUCAAAGGAACAGAUAUAUUUGGAUCGCUUGAUCCAUAUAUCACUUUUCACAUCGGUAGUGCAAACCAGCCAGAAGUUGGGCACACAUCUGCUCAUGAAAAUACGUCUAGCCCCAAGUGGAACGAGACCUAUUUUAUCUUAUUAAACAACUUAUACGACACUCUCUUCCUACAAGUCAUGGACCGUAACUCGGGCCGCAAAGAUUCAGAAAUUGGUAUUGCUAGCUACGAUUUGAAAGAGAUUGUAGACUCAGAUAAUAUUUCUGAAGGCUUGAACCUUUCUGUAUUGAGAAGUGGAAAGCCAGUUGGUGAGGUAAAGUGUGAUAUGCGAUACUUUCCUGUAUCAAGAGCUGAGAAGCAGGAAGACGGCAUUAUCAUUAUAGACAGUGGUAUCCUACGUUUCACUAUCAAUCAAUGCAAGGAACUCGGAGGUGGUUCUAAAAAGAGUGGCUUUGGUCUUCCUUUGAUCGCUGGAAGUGGGGUUGAUGUGGAUACUUAUGCGAUUUUGACUGUGAACGGCAAGGAGAAUAUGCGUACACCAGUGUUUAAGCACAGCAUUAAUCCUCGCUGGGACAAGUCAGUUGAGAUAUUUAUUGCGGAUAAAACCAAAUUAGAUCUUGGUGUGAAGAUUCUUAAUAGCCGUGACUUUGGUGACGAUGAUGUCGUUGGUCAAUGGUCGUCCAGUUUGACGAAAUUUGAAGACCAGAUCGUGAAUGAAAAAAUGGACUGGUGGAAUCUUCAGAAUGGCUCAGGAAAAAUUCAUUUGAGCAUGCAAUGGAAACCAGUGGCCAUGACAGGUUUUUCUGAAGGUUUAGGUCACGGAGCUUAUCGCCCUCCUGUAGGAGUUGUCAGAGUCGAACUGUUCGGUGCUACAGACCUGAAGAACGUGGAAGCUUUGACAGGAGGAAAGUCAGACCCUUAUGUUCGUAUAUUGUCGGGGAUGCAGAUCCGUGGCCAGACCGAAUAUGUGGAAGACAACUUGAAUCCCGAAUGGAACACCGCAAUAUUUGUACCUGUCCAUUCUGUUCGUGAAGACCUUAUAUUUGAAGUUAUGGACUGGAAUGACAUCCAAAAGGACAAGUCAUUAGGAAUACACGAAUUUACACUCAAGAGUAUCGUGAAGGAAUCAAAGACCGAUUAUGGUCAAGCUGUGUAUGAAGCCUUGGAACCAGUCGAUAGUGACCGCAGAAGAGGAAAGGGUCGUAUUCACUUUUCUGCAGCAUUCUACCCUACAAUGGCUUUAGCAAAAGCAGCAACGGCAACAGAUAAAGCAUCAUCAACAAUAACGGAAGGAGAAAACAAAAUAGCAAAUACUAAAGACAAGGGUAAGAGCUCAAUUGCUGCACCAGUAGCAGAGUCUUCUUCAGAAGAUACCUUCAGCAGAACAGCAUCUGGAGAUCCAAGCGACCUGGAACACCCUGAGAAAGAUCUGCACGGAGAGGUGAUUCAAUACUCUAAAGAUGGAUCCAAGAUCGAUCUUCUUGCGUACGAUGCUGGUGUUUUAAGUGUCACAAUUUAUAAAGCAAAUAUCCCCACACGUGAAAAAGUUACGGCCGAUAUCCUUUUAGACUCAAAUGAUCCACAGUACCGAACCGCACAGAUCAAAGGCUCCAAUUUGCCUUUCAACGAGACAGGUGAUGCAUUCGUAAAGGAAAUGGACUUUUCACGCUUGGUUGUUCGCAUCAAAAAAGUUGACGAAAAUAAAGACGACUCUUGUAUCGGUUACUGGGAAAACUCUGUAAAAGACAUUGUACGAAACCUUCAAGACCUUCCUACUAGCUCCGAUGAGUCUAGCGAAGAAGUCAAUGGAACCGAUUACAAGUUGCUAAAUUGCCAAGGUGGAACAAUUCGAUUGGCUUUCAAAUACACACCCGUAGUACAAUUUAAGCUGGAUCCUCGCGACAGUCUUGAAAAUCAAGGCAACCUCUCGGUUACAGCAAUUAGAGCCACCAAUCUCAGAGCAGUAGACAGAUCCGGGACCAGUGAUCCUUAUGUUGUUUUUACUCUUGAUGGAGCAAAAGUGUUCAAAACUCAAGUCUAUAAAAAACAGCUCAACCCGAUAUUUACCAAAGACGAGAGCUUUGUGCUUGCAGUACCAGGUCGCAUUGGAGCUAACCUGGAAGCGGCAAUUUAUGACUGGGAUCAGUUUGGAAAAGGAGAUCUUAUUGCAAAGGCUAAAAUUCCUUUUACGGAUGAUGUUCUUGAAAGCUUUUUGGCAAAAGAAUUCGAAAUCCCACUUGAAGGCAAUUCUUCUCUUACUGUUCGACUUUUGUGGCAGCCUCAGCUUUUACCUCGCAAGCGGGCCGAUUCGAAUGUUCUUACAGCUACGACGCGUAUGUUGACAUCUGUCCCUGGAGCAGGCGUU